GGACUCCGGGCUGCGGUGCACGGGGCGCUGUUGGGCGCCACGGCGGCGGCGGAGGCGCGCGGGGCCGGGCUGGAGGCCGCGGCGCGCUGGCUGCGCGGCACCCGCGGGCGCGCCGGCUCCGCGCCCGCGGCCCCGGGCGGCGCGGCGGGAGUGAGCCUCCUGCAGAGCCUGCCGAUCGACGUGCAGCUGAACAUCAUGUCCUUCCUCUCGCCCCAAGAUUUGUGCCGCUUAGGAAGCACGAGUUGUUACUGGAGGGCAGCUGUGCAAGACCCGUUGUUAUGGAGAUACUUUCUCCUGCGGGAUCUCCCCUCUUGGACAUCUGUUGAUUGGAAAUCACUUCCAGAUGAGGAGAUUUUUAAAAAAGCCUUUUCAGAGGUCAGCGGCAAUGCACUGUAUGAUUACAUGGCAGUAUAUAAAAGGAGCUGUCCGCAGGGCAGAAGAAGUUGGAAAUCGAACCGUCCCCGGUAUGGGACUGUGACUUCCUUUUUGCAAUCACUGGUCACUCAGGCAGAACCUCGCUUUGCUAUGUUUGGGCCAGGUUUGGAAGAGCUGGACAACUCUUUAGUACAAAAGAUGAUGACAUGCCCAGAAAUUCUGCUGGUAGCUGGUUUACCUCAUAGACAAAUUCAUGGAAUUGGAUCAGGUGUCAGUUUUCAGUUUAACAGCAAUCAAAAAUUCAAUAUUGUGACACUGUAUUCCACCACGAGUGUGGAAAGGAGGAGAGCAAGGGAAGAGCAAGCUGUUGCUGUGAAUAGGAUGUUUUACCAAGAGAACAGCACAGUAGGGAACCAGCAAGCCAUGCACUACAGUGUAAUAGCUCAAGUGAGGAAGGUGUGCGAAGUAGUUGAUGGAUUCAUUUAUGUUGCUAAUGCAGAAGCUCAUAGAGAGCAUGAUCGUCAGGAGGAGCUGGCUCGUAUUUUGGCAAUGAUAGAUCCAGCUCUUGGGCCUCCGAACAGACCUCUGCUGAUUUUGUCCUGUGUGUCUCACGUUGGUGUGAAAAGAAUUCCAUGUGUUUAUGUGGCACAUCAGUUGCAACUAAAUCUGCUGCAUCAGCCCUGGAUGAUGCAGGACACUGUAGCUGCAACUUUAGGUGGAUUGCUAAAUGGAAUUGAGUGGCUCUUGGAAGAAGCAAAUUAUAAAAGUGCUCAGUAGUAGGAUUAGGCAUUGUUGCACUGUAUAAACCUUUUGGUAUUUUCUAUUUCAGUUGAAAUAAGAAUCUUGUCCUUCUGGCAAGAGUACUGUCAGAUGGGAAAACUAAUAAGGCAAACCUGCAUAUGUUUCACUGCGCAUACUCAAAUCCUUAACAUAUUCCAACUAUAGUCCUCAAUGAGAAGUACAAGUUGGAUUGCUUCGAUUCUAGCUGCGAUAAAGAAGUGAUUUGGAGAGACAAUCUGAGUGUUUUGUUUUGUUAUUUUUCUCUCAUUUCAACCAGAGGCCUUUCGAGUACCAUCUUUUCCAAUAUAUCUGCUGGUCUAAUAUCUUCUAUAAAUAAAUAUGUAAUACUGUAUUAAUUUAUCAGCACAGCCUUAUCAUACGUUUAGUAAAUACAUUCAGUGGAGAUCUUUACAGUGACACUUCCUGACCAAAGAAAAUAUACUAUAGGUUGUACAGUAGGCUGACAGAAAGACAGUAACUCUUGAUUUCAGAAAAGUGAGUUCCCCUGUAUCUUUCUAGAAAAAAUGCCUAGAUAAAAAAUAGUGGGGGGAAUUUUCAACCCAGACCAAAUUUCUUAGAAGCAAAUUCCUGCAUAUGAAUUGUUGUUUCUUUGUUGUGAUCUUACUUACUAACCAACCACAACAGACUUCAGCAUCUUUAGCUUUCUGUUGCACUGAAAUCAUUAUCUUGAACUGGAUAUGCCUCUGAUUCUAUGAACAAAUGUUAAAUAGGUUAAUUCAGAACUUCAUUGCACACUUAGACUAUCAAGUUUCCCAAACAGUUGUGGCCAUUUGCAGAUGUGAAUUACGCCUGUCAUGAAAUUUUCUACACAGUUGCAAAUAAUUUUAUCAAAAGCAAAGAACCAUUUUAAAGCUGGAAUUGUGUUUUCCAUAUUGAUGUCUUUCAGGAUAUUUAUCGUCGUCCACCUUUUCAUGUUGUUAUUAUUGGGUGAAUAUUCAGAAGCUUCACUUGGAUUUCUUGCCAGGGCAUUUAUUUGCUUUAUUCUUGGCUUUUUUUUUUUUUUCCUUUCUCCUAUCAUCAUGGAAAUUCAAGUGUCUCACAAUGUUUUCCUGGUACCUAGAUAAAUGAUUGCAUAGUGCAUGUACAGCUGUAACUACUCUCCAUCUGGGAUACUUGGGUGAUGAUCAAUACAGCCAUGUCAGAAACAAUUCAAUUUGAGAAGAUGUUUGGGAAUUUUAAUGAACUAGAAAGUAUAUAUAAUUUUUUUCAUCUUUAUGUGCAAGUAAUCAAUUUUUGCAUAUAUUAGGACACACCAAUGAAAAUUCUGUGCUUUGUCCUUUUCUUUUUUUUUAAUAAUGUAUGUCUGUUUUGCCCUUUAAAAUAGAGCAGACACAAUGGAUUUAUGAAUAUUUGGGGUAGAAUUCCAUGCUUUGUGACUGGGUGUGUGUGAUUUUUCUCCUAAUCACAUGAAUUUCGUAGUGGUCUAUAUGUAGGGGAUUGAAUGCAGCAACCUGAUUCUGUGUUAUGUAUGGAGGGAUUAUGGAAGAUCCUUUUUCUAAUUUCUUCAUAAGGAAUAAAUACUUACUUAAAGAAUGA